GUAUCCGGUUUUUACUCUACUACACAACACCAUUUGCAAAAAAACUUCUCUCUGAAUCUCAGUGGGUUCUCAUAAAAUGAGAGGGAUGAUGAGUUUUACCUUUUGGGCUCUCUUUGCUGCUUUACUCUCACAGCAGCUCUUUGCUUCUGUUGCUUCCAUAAGGUUUGAGGAUGCCAAAACAUACUACUCUCCUCCCUCUGGCUCACAUGGAACUCCUCCAUCACACACGCCUCCUUCUAACUGUGGAAGUCCACCUUACGACCCUACUCCUUCAUCUCCAUCUCACCCUUCAACUCCAUCUCACCCUUCAACUCCAUCUCACCCUUCAACUCCAUCACAUACUCCAACUCCUUCCACUCCAUCACAUACUCCAACUCCUUCCACUCCAUCACACACCCCAACUCCAUCACACACUCCCUCACACACCCCUCCUUGUAACUGUGGAAGUCCACCUUCUCACCCUUCCACUCCUUCCCACCCUUCCACGCCAUCACGCCCAACCCCUUCACACCCUCCUUCUGGUGGAUAUUACUCAUCUCCUCCACCAAGUACUCCAGUCGUUGUGACUCCACCAACACCCAUUGAUCCAGGCACACCCAUCAUUGGAGGAAGCCCACCAACUCCUAUCAUUGAUCCAGGCACACCCAUCAUCGGAGGAAGCCCACCAACUCCUUUCAUCCCUGCUCCUUUCCCACCAAUCACUGGAACAUGCGAUUACUGGAGAAACCACCCAACAUUGAUAUGGGGCUUGCUUGGAUGGUGGGGAACUGUUGGAGGAGCUUUUGGUACAGUAAGUAUUCCCAGUAGCAUUCCAGGGUUUGAUCCUCACAUGAACCUUCUUCAAGCACUUUCCAACACCCGCACUGAUCCCAUUGGUGCUCUCUACCGUGAAGGCACAGCGUCUUGGUUAAACUCCAUGGUCAACACUAAGUUCCCUUUGACAACUCCUCAAGUCAGAAACCAUUUUGUGGCAGGACUUUCCUCAAACAAGGCAGCCACAAAGCAAGCCCAUACCUUCAAGCUCGCUAAUGAAGGUCGUCUAAAGCCUAGAGUCUGAAAUUAAGAGAGUUUCAUUUCUCACUUUGUUUGUUGGUUUAUAUCAAAAACAAUCUUAUCAUGUGUGGUGCUCAGUAGAGUUUUAAGUGUCCUAUAGCCUCUAGUAAUAUUUAUGAUGGAUACUUCUUUCUAUUUAAUGUUGCUGUUUUAAAAAAAUUUCUUGAUCUUAAAUAAGAUUUAGUAGUUCCUCUGUUUCUCAA